ACCAAACCCAAAGACUUUUGAACUCAAAUUAUGUCGUUCCGAGUCUUUUCCGCGUUAAAUCGUUUUCCUUUAUUUUGAUCCCUUCUUCUACGCAUUGGUUUCGUCCUUCUUAAACACUAAUCUUCAUCUUCUUCUUCUUCGUUCUCCUCUCCUCUACUACUUUGCUCAUCCAGGAAAGUUUAUUACAUAACCAACCCAAGUAUUCGUUUGUCCACAAAGUUUUUAAGAGACAAUGUUCGGUUUGAAUAAAUCACCAGCAAACCUUCCCAAGCACAACUCAGCUGAUCCUGGAUUCCACAAACCAAACCCCUUCGAUUCAGAUGAUACCACCCUUAACCCCUCCAAGAGAACUUCCUCUGAGCCCUCUUUGGCUAUCAUGACCAACCCUUUUGAUGAGGUUGAGAAAGGGUCUAGUAGUAGCUCUUCCAAGCAGUCAGUGACUUCGAACUCUAGAUACCAGUACAAGAACAAUUUCAACGACUCAGGAGGUGUUGAGAACCAGUCUGUUCAGGAGCUUGAAGGCUAUGCUGUGUACAAAGCUGAAGAGACUACAAAGUCUGUUCAAGGUUCUCUCAAGGUAGCUGAAGAGAUAAGGUCGGAUGCUACCAGAACUUUGGUCAUGUUACAUGACCAGGGUGAGCAAAUCACGAGGACGCACCAUAAAGCUGCUGAAAUAGAUCAUGAUCUCAGUAGAGGUGAGAAGCUUCUUGGAAGCCUUGGAGGUAUGUUUUCAAAGACAUGGAAGCCGAAGAAGACUCGCCCUAUUAAUGGUCCUGUCAUAACUAGAGAUCACUCACCAACGAGAAGAGUUAACCACUUAGAGAAAAGGGAAAAACUUGGACUGAGCCCAGCACCAAAAGCACAAUCAAGAACCAGAGAACCUCUUCCUGAAUCAGCUGAUGCUUAUCAGAGAGUGGAGAUGGAAAAAGCUAAGCAAGAUGAUGGACUUUCAGAUUUGAGUGAUCUACUAGGGGAGCUAAAGAACAUGGCAGUUGACAUGGGAAGUGAAAUUGGAAGGCAGAAAGAUGGUCUUGAUUAUCUUCAUGAUGAUGUUGACGAACUCAAUUACAGAGUGCAACAAUCAAACCAACGUGCCAGCCGUUUGCUCAGGAAGUAGAUGAACAUAGUUAUAUGUUCAUUACACUCCUUCCUCUAGUGUUUCUUCAGUGAACUUGUUGCUUAUCAUGGCGUAUACGUUUCUGUCUAUGUUUAUAUUAGAUAUUUAUUAUGAAAGAACAAAAAUCUUAAUAGAAUACAAGCAAACAUAUACUUUCUCAAGAAAUUAUGACAACAGAAAGAUGAUGUAUGAAUCUCAGAUUGAUGUAACUUAAAAGCAUCAGUGCUAAAGGUGGGCAUACAAAAGUUGGAAUAUUCCUAUGUAACACCAGUAGAAUCGUGUGGAAUUAUGAAGAACAAAAAGAAGACAAGAACUCUUUACUCUGGUCUCUGCUCUAAUCCAAGAAAUCUCUCUCAUAGUUUACUCCCCUCUCUUCACUUGAUGAGUAUCCUCAAAGGUUAGGAUGCACAUGCAGUUGCGUAAAAAUCGAGUUCAGCUUGGUUGGAGAUGAAUUACUAUGGUAAAAAAAUGCAUGACAACUUGUUGUAUCUUUAUUUAAUUAGAGUAUUGAUAUUGUUACCUCUAUAAUAGCAUUUAGAGA